AUGUCUGGAAACGACGUUCCGGCAGCCCAAACGGGCGGCAGCAAUGCCAGCGAAUUCGUGCGCAAGCUCUACCGCAUGCUCGAAGACCCAUCGCACCAGGACGUCGCGCGCUGGGGAAAAGAUGGAGACACGUUUGUUGUCGUAGAGGGCGAGAAAUUCACUCGAUCUAUCCUGCCGAAGCACUUUAAGCACAGCAACAUGUCCAGCUUCAUCCGGCAACUCAACAAGUACGAUUUCCACAAGGUCAAGCCGUCGAGCGACAACGAGAACUCGGGGCUGGGCAAUGUCCUUGAGUUCAAGCACCCAUUCUUCAAGAUCGACAGUAAGGAUGACCUCGACAACAUCCGACGAAAAGCGCCUGCCGCGCGGAAACCCCAGGUCGCCGACGAUUUCACCACAAACCACCACAUCAGCGUCAUGUCGGAGCAACUAGCGGCUACACAGCAGCAGGUCCAGCAAUUGCAAGAGCUCUACACCGAGGUUGCGCAGACGAACAAGGUCCUCGUCAAUGAGGUUGUGAUUUUGCAGAAGAUCCUCAAUGCCCAGAAGCAGGCCUCGCACGAGAUUGUCAAUUAUUUGGCUCCCUACGAUGGACACGGCAAUAACACAAACAGCGCCACUGCCACUGCUAGCAACAGCAACAAUACCGCCAUGAUGAGCCAUUCGUUAACCACAAACGGACAACCUCAGACCAGUGACGAGCCCGCCGUGCCAGAACUGCGCAGGGCGCGAGAGCUCCUUUCGAGCGUGAACACCAACGCGAUUGCCGACCGCGAACUCGAGCGUCUACAGAACGUGUAUGGCUCACCCUCUGAUUCUGGCACCAUGGUCACGCCUACCUCAAUGCCCAUGAUGAGCGAUCCGAUGCACGACAUCACGAGGUAUCCCGUGUACCCUGUGGGCCAGACAGUCGGCAUAGAUCCAUUCCAUUCGGACCACAUCCACAAGAUCCCGUAUGCGGUUCCGAAUGACUUGGCCGCGGGCGCUAUCGCCGAGGCACCGAAGAUCCAAGUCCCCGCGCCUACCUCGACUGGCGAUAAGGGCCCGGGUGCCACUGAGUGGGGGCCCAAGAAGCCUGUCGUCUUGCUUGUGGAAGACGAUCCAACUUGCACCAAGAUUGGCGUCAAAUUUCUCAAGACGAUGGGCUGCGAGGUGGAGCAUUCGCCGAAUGGCGCCGACGCCUACAACCGUGUGCAAACGCACCCCGACAGGGACCGCUUCGACAUGAUCUUCAUGGACAUCAUCAUGCCUCAUCUAGACGGCGUGUCAGCAACGAUGUACAUCCGCCAAACUCACCCUGCGAUCCCUGUCAUUGCCAUGACGUCCAACAUCCGCCCCGAGGAGGUCAACGGUUACUUUGAGCAUGGCAUGAAUGGCGUUCUGGCCAAGCCCUUCACGCGAGAUGGCAUGUGGAAAUGCGUUCGCAGCAACCUUGGCCAUCUCAUGAAGAACCCCCCAUUGGAUGCCGACAUUGGUUCCGGUGGCGGUUAUUACAUGGGAACGCCAUUCCUAAACACGCCAACCGCCAUCAAGUAUGAAGCCCAGACGCCACCAGCACACAGCGGCCCUGGCUGGUCCCCGGGACAUAUGGGCCAACCCUCGAUUGGUUCUAGCCUCGAUGUGGGCUAUGGCUUUGUGAACGGCACAGGCCCGUAUACCAUGACUACAGGUCAACGUGGGCCUUUCCAGCAGCAAUUGCAUUCAGCCGAGUCGAGCACCGGCCGCCUGUCUGAUGUCGAGAGCCCACCCGAGAAACGCCAGCGGCUCAACCACGCGGGCAACUUCUAG